ACCGAGAUGCUUUGCGAACUGUCCGUCUCAUGUGAUCGGAAGUAGAGAGGCUGGAUGCGCGGCGUGUCCUUGGAGGGGGAAAAAUGGCUUCCGCAGCAUUGAGGAUACUCAAGUUUGCCACCAAAGCAGGCCUGGCUGGGGGAGCUGUGUAUGUGGCGUAUGACCAGGGGCUGCUGGGCAGUGGCACCCAAGGAGAGGAGGUGCUGAAGAAGACCACAGCUGCCAUACCGCCUGCCAUUCAAGAAUGGGCUAAUUACUUCGGCUGGCAGAUCCCAUCUGCACCAAAAUUAGACUUCUCUAUCUGCGAGUCCUGGAAUUGGGGUGUUCAAAAGUCUGUGUCUGCACUCUCAUCUGCUCCAAGCAAGACUUGUGAAUACACAGCAGAAGGAUGGAAAUAUAUAAAAGAGCUGGUGAAGUGAAGUGUACAAAGAAAAAAAAACAAAAAAAAAAUCAAUAAAAUCAUCUAUUUAUAUGC